AUGAGGGUGAUUGAAGUGAUUAUCGACGGCUUCAAGUCGUAUGCCGUGCGGACUGUCAUCUCAGGAUGGGACGAGAGCUUCAACUCCAUUACCGGCCUCAACGGCAGUGGCAAAUCCAACAUUCUGGACUCAAUAUGUUUCGUCCUGGGCAUCACCAACAUGUCCACGGUUCGAGCGCAAAACCUACAGGACCUCAUCUACAAGCGCGGGCAGGCUGGCGUCACAAAAGCCAGCGUAACCAUUGUGUUCGACAACCGGGAUACGAAGAAGUCGCCGAUCGGUUUCGAGGAAUAUGCGACCAUUAGCGUUACACGCCAAAUCGUCCUGGGCGGCACGUCCAAGUAUCUCAUCAACGGCCACCGAGCACAGCAGCAGACUGUGCAGAAUCUCUUCCAGUCUGUCCAGCUCAACAUCAACAACCCAAACUUCCUCAUUAUGCAGGGCCGAAUCACCAAAGUCCUCAACAUGAAGGCAGUGGAAAUCCUAGCUAUGAUUGAAGAGGCGGCGGGCACAAGAAUGUUCGAAGACAGGAGAGACAAGGCACUCAAGACGAUGGCCAAGAAGGAGCUUAAGCUGCAGGAGUUGCGGGAGUUGCUCAAGGACGAGAUUGAGCCGAAGCUGGAGAAGCUGCGCACAGAGAAGCGCGCAUUCCUCGAUUUCCAGCAAACACAAAACGACCUCGAACGACUCACAAGGCUUGUCGUUGCCUACGACUACAUCAAGUGCCAAGAGAAGCUGAAGCAAUCUGCUGCCGAUCUUGAGGGCAAGAAGCAGCGCCACAAGAGCUUGGAAGAUUCUGCGUCGCGAAUGAAGGGCGAGAUCGCGCAUCUCGAGGAAGAUGUCAAGAAGGUCCGGUCUCAGCGCGACAAGGAGCUGAAGAAGGGCGGCAAAGCUCAAGCGCUGGAGGAAACGGUCAAGAAGCAUGCCAACGAGCUGGUGCGACUCGCCACAGUCAUGGAUCUCAAGAACACGAGCUUGGCCGAGGAGAGCGAGAAACGGUCUGCCGUAGAGAAGAAUGUCGCCGAGCUCGAGACAGCACUCGAAGACAAGACGACAUCUUUCAACAACGCCAAGGCGGCCUACGAUGCGGCAAAGGACGACCUCGCAAAGCAAACCAAGGAUGUUGAGUCCAAGGAGGAGUUACUUCAAACGCUGCAAACCGGUGUCGCAUCAAAGGACGGCCAGGAGAACGGAUAUCAGGGCCAGCUGCAGGAUGCGAGAAAUCGCGCGACAGCAGCUGCAACCGAACAGGAGCAGGCCAAGAUCAAGAUCUCGCACUUGCAGAGCAGGCUGAAGGAAGAAGAGCCUCGGGCCAAGAAGGCUAGGGCGCAGAAUGCCGACCUCUUGCGGGAUCUGGACGGGCUCAAGUCACAGGCUCAGCGCCUCGAGAAGGAACUCGGCAAGAUGGGGUUCGAGCCCGGCCAAGAGGAAGACAUGUACAAGCAAGAAUCGGCACUGCAGCAGUCGGUCCGUGAGUUGCGGCAGGACUCGGACAAGCUCAAGCGCCAGGUCGCCAACAUCGACUUCAACUACGCGGAUCCGGUCCCCGGUUUUGACCGGUCCAAGGUCAAGGGACUGGUGGCUCAGCUGUUCACCCUCGACAAGGAACACACCAAAGCGGGCACCGCCCUGGAGAUUUGCGCCGGAGGACGCUUGUACAAUGUCGUUGUUGACACUGAAGUCACCGGCACGCAGCUGCUCCAGAAAGGAAAGCUGAGAAAGCGAGUGACAAUCAUCCCACUCAACAAGAUCGCCGCGUUCAAGGCUUCUGCACAGACAAUCGCCACAGCGCAGAGCCUAGCCCCAGGUAAGGUUGAUCUUGCCCUGUCGCUCGUCGGGUACGAUGAGGAAGUGUCGGCCGCCAUGGAGUAUGUUUUCGGUAACACGUUGGUAUGCGCGGACGCCGAAACUGCGAAGCGCGUUACCUUCGACCCGAAUGUGAGGAUGCGGAGCAUUACCUUGGAGGGCGAUGCAUAUGAUCCCUCCGGAACACUCUCGGGCGGUAGCGCACCGAAUUCGAGUGGCGUGCUCGUCACUCUCCAGAAGCUCAACAACAUCACGAGGCAGCUGAGCCAAGCAGAGCAGUCGCUCAAGGAAGUGCAGACGAGGAUUGCCAAGGAAAAGUCCAAGCUGGACCAGGCACGUCGCAUCAAGCAGGAUCUCGACCUGAAAAGCCACGAGAUCAAGCUCGCCGAGGACCAAAUCAGCGGCAACUCUUCGUCCUCUAUCAUCCAGGAGGUGGAGAACAUGAAGAGCACCAUAAGCGAACUCCAGGAGAGCAUCUCUGAAGCCAAGAAGCGCCAGACCGAGGCAAGCGCGGACGUCAAGCGGAUCGAAAAGGACAUGAAGGACUUCGAUACCAACAAGGACGCCAAGCUCGUGGAGCUUCAAAAGUCAAUCGACAAGCUUAGGGCCGGCCUUGACAAGAACUCGGCGGCGGUGAAGACGCUGCAGAAGGAACUUCAAAACGCCCAGCUGGACCUGGAGCAAGUGGGCAGCGAUCUUUCGGCCGCGCGAGACCAGCUGCAGGAAGUGGAGCUCGGCAUCAAGGCUCAGCAGCAGGACGUCGAGGGUCUUGCCAAGCAGCAGGCCGAGCUGACAGAGACCCACGAUGUUGUGCAGGCCCAGCUAGAUGACGAGCGGGCAAAGCUCCACCUCUUCGACGACGAGCUUCGCGCGCUGGAGGAGGCGACUCGCUCCAAGAACGCUCGGAUAGCCGAGGACGGCCUGGAGAUGCAGAAGCUGGGCCACCAGAUCGAGCGCUUCCACAAGGAGCAGCAGGGCGCGGCGGAGAACGUCUCCCGGCUCGAGGCUGACCACGAGUGGAUCGAGGACGAGAAGGACAAGUUUGGCCGCAGCGGGACGCCAUACGACUUCCAGGGCCAGAACAUUGGCGAGUGCAAGUCGACGCUUCGCAACUUGACGGAACGCUUCCAGGGCAUGAAGAAGAAGAUCAACCCCAAGGUUAUGAACAUGAUUGAUAGCGUCGAGAAGAAGGAGGUGUCGCUCAAGCACAUGAUCAAGACGGUCAUCCGCGACAAGCGCAAGAUCGAGGAGACGAUUGUGAGCCUCGACGACUACAAGAAGAAGGCGCUGCAGGAGACUUGGGAAAAGGUCAACGGGGACUUUGGCCAGAUCUUCUCGGAGCUCCUGCCCGGCGGCAGCUUCGCCAAGCUCGAUCCUCCCGAGGGGAAGACUAUCAGCGAUGGUCUCGAGGUCAAGGUCUGCCUGGGCAAGGUGUGGAAGCAGAGCUUGACGGAGCUGAGUGGUGGUCAGAGAUCUCUCGUGGCCCUGUCGCUCAUCAUGGCCCUCCUGCAGUUCAAGCCCGCGCCCAUGUACAUCUUGGACGAGGUCGACGCCGCGCUGGAUCUGUCGCACACGCAAAACAUCGGCCGGCUCAUCAAGACGCGCUUCAAGGGCUCCCAGUUCAUCGUCGUCAGUCUCAAGGACGGCAUGUUCCAGAACGCCAACCGCAUCUUCCGCACGCGCUUCAGCGAAGGCACCAGCAUGGUCCAGGCCCUGACGCCGGCGGACAUGAAGUAG